UCUUUAACUUGGCAUCCUCCGAGCUUGGGUGGCCCUGCUUGUUUGCUGCACUUCCUAAGAGCAUGUGUGGGUGGGGAGCCAGAUGAAUAAGGGAUUUAUGCUAUGAAUAAUGCUGGGAGAAACGUGCCUGGAAAAGAGAGUGCUGGCUUUUCUCUCACUGACCUCUUCCAGCCAAGGCUGCGCACCCCGGCCGGGGCUGAGAGCAGCAUGGGGCAUGUAAAACACCUGCAGCACCACCAGGAAGGACAGCAUCGUUCCUCCCUGCUGUGCAGUGAGGAGCUGAGACCACAGAGCAGCUCCGAGCAUCAGGGAUCCAGUUACAGGCUCCCCACAGCCUCCUUGAUCCCCUCUGUGCCCAGUGCUGGGGCAGCUGGGGCUGGGGGCAGCCGGGGGCAUGGCACUGAGGGACAUGGGCCUGGCCCCUGGGCUCCUGCAUCCCGUACCGAGGCCAGUGUGCAGCUGGCCUUGGUGCUGCUCCCUCAGCCCGGCCCCACCUGGACGUCAGGGAUCACCCCGCUCUGCUGGGUCUUCUUCCCUUCCAUCCAGAUUUUGUGUUCCUGUUUACCCCAAAUGUGAGUUCUGGGUAAACCAAAGCACCUCCAAGCCUGCACCCACAGAGGAAACCGAAGACCGUUGCUUUUUCCAUGCACAAUUUGAGCGCAUCGCUCCACCAGCAGAUGAGUGAAAAAGCCUUGAGAGAAACAAGAUGGCAUCUCAUGGCCCUUGCAACAUGGCAUUCUGACUGCCUGGUCACUGGGACGCAGGAGUGGGUUUUUUGCUGGGGCUGUGCAUCCCCUCCUGUCCCCAGCCGGAGCUCGCAGCACUCAGCCAGGGCAGGAGAGGUGUGGAUGCACGGGGAGGGAGGAUGGGGCAGGCAGCAGCCGGGAGAGCAGCAAGGAGCUGGCGGCAGAGCUCGGUGCCUGGGGUGCCCGGUGGGCGUCUGCACUCCCCCGGGGCCAGCCCUCACCAGCACCCUGGCCUGUGGCCGAGGCCGGUUCCUCUUGGGGAGCAGAGGCAGCUGUUUUGCACGCCGUGCCUGGAGCAGUUGGGAAAGAGGCAGCGGUGGAGCCGGGCGGCAGGUCCGACUGGUUUCCCUCCUGGCGCUGGCACUGACGUACGAGCCCGCUCGCCAAACAGAUCCUGCCCCGUCCCUGCGCACCUGACUUGGCGCCGCGCUGCGCACCGAAGGAUGGCUGUGCCGCAGCUCUGACCCCAGCCCAGCCCCGCAGCGGCCCAUGGAAGGGAAAACCUCGCCGACCACGGCAUCGCCCAGCAGCGUCCCUCCCAGCCUCCAUGCCUCUGCGGCCAGCAGCAUCUUCAGCAUCCGACCUCCGCAGCCUCGAGAAAACGUCCUUGGCAUUAGCUUCAAGCCCUACAGCCCAGAUUCCGGCCCGGCCCCGGCCCCCUGCACGACCUGUGAGAGCACACGAUCCUCGAUGUUCAGAGCUCCCUGCAUGAGCCAGCGGCGGCUUGCGCUCAUCUUCUGUGUCUCCGUCCUCAUCGUGCUGCUCGUCGCCCUCAUCCUGCUGUUUAUGUUCUGGCGGUCGCAAACCGGCAUCGUGUACAAGGAGCCCGCCGAGAGCUGCAAGGACAGCCCCGUGCGCUGCAACGGCGUCGUCGACUGCUCGCAGAGGAGCGACGAGCUAGGCUGCGUGCGGUUUGGGGCCGACCAGUCCCUGCUCCACGUCUACUCCAGCACCGAGAGCCAGUGGCUGCCGGUGUGCAGCAGCGCCUGGAACGAGUCCUUCUCCAGAAAGACGUGCCGGCAGCUGGGCUUUCAGAACGCAUCGCAGACAGAAUACAUCCCCCUGCACGUCGCCGGCAAGAGCCUCACGGUGACGAACGAGCGCGACACCAUCCAGCAGAGCCUCAACAGCUCCCAGUGUCUCACAGGAAAGUACGUCUCCCUGCGAUGCACAACCUGCGGGCAGAGGAUUUUGGGCCGGAUCAUCGGAGGGAAGGAAACCUCGGUGAGCAAGUGGCCCUGGCAGGUCAGCGUGCAGUACGGGCCCAUCCACAUCUGCGGCGGCACCAUCAUCGGCGCGCAGUGGGUGCUCACGGCAGCGCACUGCUUCUUCAUGAACAGCAUGAAGAUCCUGGACGACUGGAAGGUGUACGGGGGGGUCUCGGACCUCAAGCAGCACACAGAGGGCAUCCCCGUCUCCCAGGUCAUCAUCAACUCCAACUACAGCGACGACCACGAUGACUACGACAUCGCUCUCAUGAAGCUCUCCCGGCCGCUGACGCUCUCAGCUCAGGUGCGCCCGGCCUGUCUCCCCAUGCACGGCCAGCGAUUCCAGACAGGCAGGUCCUGCUUCAUCACUGGCUUCGGGAAGACCAGGGAGAACGAAGAAAACACCUCCCCGAAGCUGCGGGAGGCCGAGGUGAAGCUCAUUGACUACAAGAUCUGCAACAGCGACAAGGUGUACGAGGGCUACCUGACCCCACGGAUGAUGUGCGCUGGGUACCUGCAGGGGGGGAAGGAUGCGUGCCAGGGUGACAGCGGAGGGCCCCUGGUCUGCGAGGACAACGGCCGCUGGUACGUGGCCGGGGUGACGAGCUGGGGUACGGGAUGCGGCCAGAGGAACAAGCCUGGGGUCUACACACGUGUGACAAAGCUCCUCAGCUGGAUAUACAGCAAAAUGGAGAGCGAGAACGACUAAGGCCGGGCUGGAACCUGCACGGCUGCGCUGGCUGGCACCGGCCCCCUCACUUUGCUGCCGCCAGGGCGAGACAUGCCAGCAGCUGUGUGCCCCCACAUCUCCGGACUGCCCUCGCUGCUGGGGACCUGCCACUGCCCAGACUGAAAACGCGGCACCUCCAGAGUGCCCCUGCCCUGGCUGGGGCAAGGGAGGUGGCUGGAGGUGGCCGGCGGUGGCUCUGCCUGGUGCUGCCGGUGCUGGAUGUGCCAGCUCCGAGCCACCUUGCCCGGCACCUGCGGCUCCUGUCCUGUAAAAAUAGAAGUGUCCGCACUGCGGUGCCACGUAAAUGCUCACCAGCAGGACAGGGGCAUGGCCGGUGGCCGAGGGGCUGCUGCCCACCCACGCGGAGGAGGAUGUGGAUGCAAAGCAGGAGCAGGAAAGCCGCAGGGUGCCUGUGGCAAGGGAGCCCCUUCCUCUGCACGCUGCGGGGACAGCUGAGCAGGGAGCCCCCAGGCGCAGCUAUGGCAUCUGCUGGGGGGAGCGGUGGUCGCUCCCACAUGUGCAGAUAGGCUUAGGAAGCGCCUUUUAAAUGAAGUUCCUCCCCGUCAGAUAAAAGCCCAUAUAUUUAUUUUUCUAUGCUGUGGAAAUGGUCUGUGCAAGCACUCCUGGAACUGCGUACAGCCGUUCUCGGGUCCCCACUGCCUGAAAAGGAUUUCGGCAGAGCGAGGGGCAGGCCCGUGGUCCCAGGUAGCUGCGGCGACAGAAGCCAAAGCCCGAGGUGGAGCAUGAAGGAAAGCAGCCCCCCUUCCAGUUGUGGCAUCUCCCAGCUGCUGGCUCAGUAACUGGUGCAGGAUUUCUUCAUCUAACCUGCUGAGGACCCGGGGAUGGUGUAGCCUACCUGGCCUGGGGCCACGCUGCACUGUGUCCCCAAAGGAAACAUCCACGCUCAGCCCGUGCCUCAGAGCAGAUGUUUUGAGGCAUGCACCUGUGGAUGGACGGAUGGAUAGAUGCAUGGAUGGAAGGAAGCUCCUCCAGUGCGUGGUCGGCUGCGGAGGUCCCUCGUGUACCCGGCUGCCCCGCACUGCUCUCAAUAAACGUUUCGGUAGUGCUCCA